AUGACCUUUUCUUUCCUUACGUACUGCUCUUCACCUUUUCUUUCGAAUGAGUUUGAGUCACAGCAAAAAGACGUUUCCAAUUUCUUUUGUUAUUUAGCCACAGUUUUUCAUUUCUUAUUAGAAAGUUUUUUCGUCUUUUAUUCAUUAUUUUUCGUUUUUUUUCAUCGUCUUUCCUUCGUCCUUUCUUUAAUUUCAUUCCUAUUACCACUCUCCGCCGUUUUUAUAUUCUUACUUUCUUCGUAUUUUCCUUCCUUUUUUUUUUCGUUUAUUAAAAUUUUCAGUCUCCAUCUUCUUUUAUUGCCUUUCUUUUGUUUCUUUAUUUUAUUAAUAUUACUAACAUUCUCAAAUUUUUUAUUCUUAAUUACUUCAUCUUUUUUUCUUCUUCUCAUUUUUAUUUCUGAAUUUCUUCCUCUUUUCUUCUUCAUUUUUCCUUUUCUUUCAUGGUCUUUAUUCCUUUUUUUUUUGUUUCCUAUGGCCAAUCACUUGCAUAUACCGAAUUUCCAUGACUUUUAUCUUUUCUUUUCUUUCUUUCUUUCUUCCGUCAUCUUUUUUCUAUUACUAAUCUUCUCGAUUUUAUUAUUCGCAAUUUCUUCUUCGUCUAUUUUCAUUUAA